UACGAACAUGUAGACGGAGAGAAACCAGAUCCAAAUUCUGAGCCAAAACCUGAAAAAUCUUCCAUGUUUCCCGGUGUUGUGAAGAUGCACAGAGAAGCAAAAACAUCGGGAAAUGACGAACUUUUGAUUAAAAACGAAUUCAAUCGCUCGGAUGUCACCAAUGUGACAUCAGACAUUGACUUGGACAUGUCAUAUGCUGAUUCGUCCGUUCUUAAUAAGAGUAACGGCGUGGUAACAAAAGGUGAGGUCCAUUUGACUGAACAACUAAAUUUCGGAGAGCCCGUUCAGUUUAAGAAUGGAUCGACAGCCAACAUGAUGAACGUUUCUUUCACGAGUAAGGUUACGCUUCUUAAUGAUGAGAAAUCUCGGAGAAGCUAUCUUGAAGACGAAGAACUAGCAGAUGUUGAUGUUCGUGAUUUCGUCAAACUCAUUGCUCCAAAAUCUGACCAAAAAUUCAGCGUAAGAACCUCCGAGAGAGAAGCUCUGAACGAGCCUUCAGCAGAUUCAAACGCAAUGAACACCACGUCGACUGGCGAAGAUGAGAGAGAAACUAACUUGACAACAGUAUCGCAUGAUUCAAGACACCGAAGUCGCAGACAAACCUUUGUUCAAAAAUUCCUUACUGCUCCUCGAAAGAUAACGUUCACACUCUUUGAGAAAAAAGUUAUUGGCAUAAAUAUGAAAGUGAAAGCCACUAUUCGCAUUGAAUCAAUUAAAAAGUUGUACUACCUUGAGCUGGACAAGACUGAGUUGGAUUUAACUCUGCAGUUGGGAGCCAGUGUACCAGUGCCAUUUCUUCGAGACUCCAUUGACACCACUAAGAAAAAAACAAAGCAGAUAAACGGAUGGAACAUUAAAGUUGGCUACAGUAUUCCGAUAUUGGGGGUCGUCACUCUCGAUCUGGAUUUUUUGCUUAGGACACCUACUAGAAUCUCAGUGGACCCAGGCUCGCUCUCAACAUCCCGGCUAAGCCUAACGGUAACGCCCUCUGCAUCAGUAACAGCCACUUUGCAAGGAUCUGUAGCAGUAGUGAUUAUAAGGGCUGGGGUGUACGGUGACGGGAACUUGAUAAGCGGAAGUUUUCCAAUCACUGUGUCGUACGAUGCAAGUCGUCCUUCCUACAGGGAUACCUGCGUGGAUGUUUCAGCUAACUUAAGGCUCCUUGAACUGAGGGCUGGUAUCUUCUACCAAUGGAGAUCAUGUUGGUGGCACUGGAUUUGGUUUAAAUGCAAGUGGGGUACUCGACGCACCUUGUACAGUUUUGGCCGAUGGUCUGCCUUCAGUUUGAGGCGAAAUAUGGUAUAUGAAUGUUUCUGAUUACACUUUGCAGGGGGGUCCGAGUGUUGUGAACUGUUUCGUUUUAGAGCGCUUUCCAAUUGGGUGUCGAAAAUAAUCUGGAAAUGCAAUGGUUUUGCUUAACUCUGCUCUGUGAUUGGUCCAGAAAACUCUGUCACUCCGUCAACCAAUUCAAUCAGAUGCAUAACUUACACCUAUCACGACUUCGUCGCCCACAUUUUCCCCACCUUAGACGGGUUAUUUGUUUUUACUUUGAGUUGUCGUUGGCUCCUCAGGGUACUUUCAUUUCUACUGAUUGGCCUUUGUGAUUCUUCAGUUGUUUUGGUCUUACAACACUCAAUUGAAGAGCGCUCUAAUAAGGGUUAGUAUUUCCCGGUGUUUUUUUAAAGGUAUCGUUUUUUUGGAUUUGAUUAAACUUUAAGUCGAAGUCCCUUAGAUUGGAGAGGGAAUGCGUGGAUCCUAUUUUUGGUUUAGCCAUGAUUGUAGUUGUAAGAUCACUAUUUCCUAAAUCAUUUCUACACGUGAUCGAAGCAAGUUUUUUUCUUCCCCAUUAUGCAGCAGAAUAUGCAGUAAUAGUGUCCGAGAUCGCCAAAUCCAAACAUAUCAACAAUUAAGGUAUCUAGGUUGUCAACGGUAGGACAAAGUUCUGGUCCCAGUCUGUUGCCAAGCGGCAGAAAUGAAAUAGGUAAAGCUUAUGACGUCACAGGAUCACAUGCAUCAACCAAUGCUUGUCGAUCGAUGACUGAUGGCUCUUUAUCAGAUUGAUUGGAUUAAAGAUCCCAUUUGUUUUCGUAGCUAUUCGCCCCUGCAUUGAGAUGAUUUAUGUACUCAGUACGGCUCUAAAUUGAUUCAAAAGUUAGGCAAACUAGAUAAAUCAUUAAACUUGGGUUAAAGGAAUAAAACCUACCGUUUUGGCAGCUUAAAUUCUUUCAUCGUCAUUUGCGCUAUGAUGGAGUUAGAAACCGACACGGUGAACGACAAAACGAAAUUGUCCUAAAAAAACGUUAACAAGCAUAAUAAUUUACGGUGGGAAUUUUGAAUUCUCCUUUAAAGCUGACAAUUGUUUUGAGAAACAAGUUUAGUCUGUACAUGUUUUGGUUCAACAGCUGUAAAAGCUGUAAAAGUUCCAAUCAUACCAUGGAUAACUAGUGUGUAUUUGUCUUGGAGUGUCUAUAUAACCAGUGUUUUGUGUGCAAGAACAAUAAACUACUGUUA